UAUUGGGGGCGGUGUUGAGGAUGAGGCGGUUCAGCGCUCUCUCUCUCUCUCUCUGUAGCGCAAUUCUAUAUGUAUACUUGCAUGGAUUAUCCACCUUGUUAGCUGUUGCUCCUCCCAAUAAUUUCACAUAUAAAAACCCAAAUGGCUCUUUAUCUCAUGCUUUGUGCUACAGGGAGCCUAAAGAGUGAUUCUUCUUAACCUACGCCCCUCGCUUUUCCCCCUUCUCCUUUUCCUUUUCAGUUUCCUCCCUUUUAUUGAUUUUUAAUGGAAUCCACGUCAGGGAAUGAACGGCUAGAGAGCCCAGAUCAGUCUUCUCAUGCUGUGCUUGUCUGUAAGUACUCUAACUGGUCUUUAGUUUUCUUGCUUUGUUUCCCUUCUCUACUUUAGCUUCUUCCCGUUUUGUUGGAGAUUUCUCUGCAAUUCGACUGCGUCGAAAUAACCAAGAUGGAUUUUCCCCUUUUGAAUUUCGUCCUCGAUUUGCCUUCCAAAUGCUUAUCUCUUUGAGGUACCCAUCUUUGAUUUUUAGUUUUGUACUGGUUUAGACAAUUCUGGGCCUUGUGCAAUUUGACAGUAGUAAGCUUACUACUGAUUUGUGUGCGUUAGGGUAGCUGAUUCUUGCCCCCUACCUUUUGAGUUCUCAACUUCGGUUUCUGCUUCGUUGGUUCUGGUAGAAUUUUGAACUAGUAUGUGAUGCACUUGCGAGACAAAUAGGAAGGAGUUCCACUAAUAGCGGAUGAGAAGGAGAGGAGAGUGUGAGGAGGGAGAAAGAAUAAAAGAGGAGGAUAAGGGAAAAAUUUUUAUGGACUGGGAUUUGAAGACACCUUCUUGGGAUUUAGCCGAAUUGGAGCGGGAAUCCAUCCCUAACAUCGCCCCACUUGUUGGGUCUAGUAGCUUUCAAGGACAGAACACUAAAGGGGAUUGCUCAGUAGAUUUGAAACUUGGCAGGCUGGGGGAUUUCGGGGAUGGGUCACUGGACAAGUUGAAGGAUCCAAGGAUUUCCACUGUGCUGGCACCUCCAUCGGGUUCCACCAAGAGGUCUCGAGCGCCUAGUAAUGGAACUCAGACGGUUUCGUGCUUGGUUGAUGGGUGCAAGUCGGACCUUACUAACUGCAGGGACUAUCACAGGCGCCAUAAAGUCUGCGAGCUUCACUCUAAGACACCAAAGGUGAUGGUAGGUGGUCAGGAGCAACGGUUCUGCCAGCAGUGCAGCAGGUUCCAUUUGUUGGUUGAAUUUGAUGAAGUUAAGAGAAGCUGUAGGAAACGUCUGGAUGGACACAACCGGCGCCGGAGGAAGCCUCACCCAGAAUCGUUGUCCAUGAAUUCUGGAAGCUUGUUUACUAAUCACCAAGGUAGUAGAUUUUUGCCCUUCACUACUACGCAAAUGUUUCCCACUGCUGUUGUCAGUCCCCCUUGGUCCGGAGUGGUGAAAACUGAGGAAGAUACUACACCUUAUAACCGCCACCAGCAGUUGCACUUUAUUGACAGACAAAAUACGUUUACUGGAUCUUUCUCACACAGCUAUAGAGGCAAGCAAUUUCCUUUCUUGCAAAGCAACGAUGUCACACUCAUCAAUCGAAUGCCUCCUGAAUCUUCUGUCUGCCAGCCGCUUCUCAAUUCCAUUGCCUCAUCCGAAAGUGAGGGCAGCCGGAAAAUGUUCUCCGAUGGGUUAACCCGAGUUCUUGACUCGGAUUGUGCUCUCUCUCUUCUGUCAUCGCCACCAAUGCAGACUUCAGGGAUCAGUCUGAAUCAUGUGGUGCAGCCAGACCCCAUACCUAUAGCUCAGCCCCUAGUCCCAGUUCUGCAGUACAGUGGUGUAGGUCGGUAUCCAUGCUCACAAGGAGUGGAAGAUGAGCAGGCCUCAGUUUUGGUUCCUGAUGCCAGUGACGUUGAUGCCCUUCAUUGUCACGGGGUCAUUCACUUGGGGUCUGAAUCUGAUGGGUCAACCCAAAAUGGGGGACCACAAACGCUUCCUUUCUCGUGGGAUUAAUUGUGAUAAUUCCUGCUCUUCAUGAAUCAUGGUUCAUGGGAUGGUUUGAACUUUGAAUUGAAGGCCGCUUAUAAUUAUCUAAAGAGAUUCUUUUUACCCUUUUUCUUUUCUCCACUGGGAUCUGCAUGUGUCUAAGAUGUUUGUACCAUAACACAUACACAACUCAAAUGAUGUUGCUUCAGUUAAGAUAUUAGUUUGUACGGAGGGCUGUUUUACUUUUACCUCAAAUUGAGCUGUUUUUGACCUCAGAAUAGAUGGCUGUGUAUUGUGUUGGAAA